UUCUCCUCCCCCCCGUUAAAUCCUGAUGCAGACCUAGACUUGCAGACAUCGGCAGACACUCACAACCUCGUCUUCCUCCGUCUUUCUCCAUCCCCGCCCCGGAGGAUUGAAACACGCUGCUGUGCAACAAAGCAACCAUGUCCGACAAACCUGACCUGACGGAGAUUGCCUGCUUUGACAAGACCAAACUGAAGAAGACUGAGACCAAAGAAAAGAACCCCCUGCCAACCAAAGAGACAAUCGAACAGGAGAGGAAAGGGGAUGCCACACCUUGAUAUGGCUAGAUGAAGAAGAGGAGAGGAGGAAGUGGCAGAGAUGCCACCAUCAGAAGCACUUUCUUUUGACCGUCACAGUAUUCUACUAUCACUUUGAGUUGUAUAGGGUGCUGUAGGACCCCUGCAGAUGCAGUACAUUCUUAGAAAACAAGGUGCUAUCAAAAACCUAAAAUGGUUCUUUGUCUAUCCCCAUACCAAUGGCCUUUGACUAACCAUUUUUGAUUCCAGGUAAAACCCUUCCACAGAGGGUCCUAAUUGGAAAUGAAAGGGGUUCUACGUGGAAAUAAAAACAGUUUUACCUGGAACCAAAAGGUGUUAUCCUGUAGUGGGACUGCCCAACCCUGUUCCUGGAUAUCUACCAUCCUGCAGGUUUUCUCUCCAACCCUAAUUGGGUCUAACAUGAUGUUGCUUUCAUCCAGCUAAUUAUUAUACUAAAGUGUGCUAAAUUAGGGUUGGAACGAAAACUUGCAGGACAUUAGCUCUUCAGGCAUCUCAAGAACCUUUUUAGAACCCAUUUAUAAGGAAUAAGGUGCCAUUUGGGACGGGAAAUUGCGUCUUCACAGGGUGUAUUUAUCAUUAGUAGAAAAAAGUUGGAGUCUGACAGAACCUGAGCUGUUCUGUUUUAAACAACAGUUUGUGUUGUAGAACACAGAACCAAGUCAGGCAUCCAGGAUAAGAGGUUGGGAGGGGUGGGGUGAUUACAGAUGUGUUUUCAUGUUUCACUUUUUACUUUUCUUUAUGAAAUAAAGACAAAAGGGUGAAAUAAAAACCAAAA